UGAGGGCUCUUGGGUUAGUUCCUGUUAGGCCCGGGCCGGGGCAGUAGGUUGAAGUCUCUCAGGAUGCCUGGUGGGCUGGGGCACCCGGAGCUGUGAGGGGAGCGUGAGCAGGCGACGAGCGGAGACCCACGGCGGGCCUGAGGAAGAGCGGCGGCCGAGCCCGCCUUCCCUGCACCAUGCUCAUAGAGGAUGUGGAUGCCCUCAAGUCCUGGCUGGCCAAGUUACUGGAGCCGAUAUGUGAUGCUGACCCUUCAGCCCUAGCUAACUAUGUUGUAGCCCUGGUCAAGAAGGACAAACCUGAGAAGGAAUUGAAAGCCUUUUGUGCUGAUCAACUUGAUGUCUUUUUACAAAAAGAAACUUCAGGUUUUGUGGACAAACUAUUUGAGAGUCUUUAUACUAAGAACUAUCUUCCACCUUUGGAACCAGUUAAGCCUGAGCCAAAACCACUAGUCCAAGAAAAAGAAGAAAUUAAAGAAGAGGCAUUUCAGGAGCCAACAGAGGAAGAACGAGAUGGUAGAAAAAAGAAAUAUCCUAGUCCCCAGAAGACUCGUUCAGAAUCUAGUGAACGAAGGACACGUGAGAAAAAAAGAGAAGAUGGCAAAUGGAGAGACUAUGACCGGUACUAUGAGCGGAAUGAACUGUAUCGUGAGAAGUAUGAUUGGAGAAGAGGCAGGAGUAAGAGCCGGAGUAAAAGCCGAGGCCUGAGUCGAAGUAGGAGCCGAAGUAGGGGGCGCAGCAAAGAUCGGGAUCCAAGUAGGAAUGUUGCAGAACACAGGGAAAGAUCAAAGUUUAAGAGUGAAAGGAACGACUUGGAGAGUUCCUAUGUUCCUGUGUCUGCUGCACCUCCUAACUCUUCAGAGCAGUAUUCCUCUGGGGCUCAGUCUAUUCCCAGCACUGUUACUGUCAUUGCACCUGCUCACCAUUCGGAAAACACAACUGAGAGUUGGUCUAAUUACUAUAACAAUCAUAGCUCUUCCAAUUCUUUUGGUCGAAACCCACCACCAAAGAGGCGAUGCAGAGAUUAUGAUGAAAGAGGAUUUUGUGUGCUUGGUGACCUUUGUCAGUUUGAUCAUGGAAAUGAUCCUCUUGUUGUUGAUGAAGUUGCUCUGCCAAGUAUGAUUCCUUUCCCACCCCCUCCUCCUGGGCUUCCUCCACCACCACCACCUGGAAUGUUAAUGCCUCCAAUGCCAGGCCCAGGCCCAGGACCUGGUCCUGGCCCAGGCCCAGGCCCAGGUCCUGGUCAUAGCAUGAGACUUCCUGUUCCUCAAGGACACAGUCAGCCUCCGCCUUCGGUUGUGCUUCCCAUACCAAGACCACCUAUUUCUCAGUCAAGCUUAAUAAACAGUCGUGACCAGCCUGGGACAAGUGCAGUGCCCAAUCUUGCACCAGUGGGAGCAAGACUACCUCCUCCUUUGCCCCAGAACCUUCUUUAUACAGUAUCAGAAAGACAGCCCAUGUACUCUCGGGAACAUGGUGCUGCUACAUCUGAGCGACUUCAGUUGGGGACACCGCCUCCUCUGUUGGCAGCUCGUUUGGUGCCUCCUCGAAACCUCACGGGAUCCUCCAUUGGGUAUCAUACCUCAGUCUCCAGCCCCACCCCUCUGGUCCCAGAUACGUAUGAACCAGAUGGUUAUAACCCUGAAGCUCCUAGUAUUACCAGUUCUGGUAGAUCACAGUAUAGACAAUUUUUUUCAAGAACACAGACACAACGCCCCAACCUGAUUGGCCUAACAUCAGGAGAUAUGGAUACCAAUCCAAGAGCUGCUAAUAUUGUCAUCCAGACUGAACCACCAGUUCCUGUUUCAAUUAAUAGCAACAUAACGAGAGUAGUCCUGGAACCAGAUAGCAGGAAAAGAGCUAUGAGUGGUUUGGAAGGGCCACUCACAAAGAAACCUUGGCUGGGAAAGCAAGGAAAUAACAAUCAGAGUAAGCCUGCAUUUUUACGGAAGAAUCAGUACACAAACACCAAAUUAGAAGUCAAGAAAAUCCCUCAGGAACUGAACAACAUCACCAAGCUCAAUGAACACUUCAGUAGAUUUGGAACUAUCGUCAAUAUUCAGGUUGCUUUUAAGGGUGACCCGGAAGCAGCACUCAUCCAGUACCUUACCAACGAGGAGGCGAGGAAAGCCAUUUCUAGCACUGAAGCAGUUUUGAACAACCGAUUCAUUAGAGUUCUGUGGCACAGGGAAAACAACGAGCAACCAGCACUCCAGUCCCCAGCGCAGCUUCUCCUGCAACAACAGCACACUCUGAGUCACCUCUCACAGCAGCACCAUAACCUACCACAGCAUCUUCACCCGCAGCAGGUGAUGGUGACCCAGUCUUCUCCCUCUUCAGUCCAUGGAGGUAUUCAGAAGAUGAUAAGCAAACCACAGACCUCGGGUGCCUACGUCCUUAACAAAGUUCCUGUUAAACAUCGUUUGGGACAUGCAAGUGGUAACCAGAGUGAAGUGGCACACUUGUUAAAUCAGUCUGGUGGUGCCGGGGAGGAUUGCUUGAUAUUUUCACCUCCAGGCCACCAAAAACCAAUUUAUAGUUCCUCCAAUUUAAAGGCAUCUUCCAAGCUUUCUUCAGGGACUAAAUCUCAUGAUGUUCAAGAAGUUAUCAAAAAAAAACAGGAAGCAAUGAAGCUACAACAAGAUAUGAGGAAAAAAAGGCAAGAAGUAUUAGAAAAACAAAUAGAAUGCCAAAAGAUGCUUAUAUCUAAGCUAGAAAAAAACAAAAACAUGAAACCAGAAGAAAGAGCAAAUCUAAUGAAGACCUUGAAAGAACUUGGAGAAAAGAUCUCGCAAUUAAAAGAUGAAUUAAAAACAUCUUCUGCUGUCUCCACACCAUCCAAAGUGAAGACAAAAACAGAGGCUCAGAAAGAAUUAUUAGACACUGAACUGGAUCUCCACAAGAGGCUGUCUUCAGGUGAAGACACAACAGAAUUACGAAAAAAACUCAGUCAGUUACAGGUUGAGGCUGCAAGAUUAGGUAUCUUACCUGUGGGUCGAGGAAAGACCAUGUCCUCUCAAGGACGAGGAAGAGGCCGGGGGCGAGGAGGAAGAGGGAGGGGUUCCCUAAAUCACAUGGUGGUAGACCACCGCCCCAAAGCACUCACGGUUGGAGGAUUCAUUGAAGAGGAAAAGGAUGAAUUGCUUCAACAUUUCUCAGCUGCAAACCAAGGGUCAAAAUUCAAAGACCGUCGGCUACAAAUAUCAUGGCACAAGCCCAAGGUACCGUCUAUAUCCACUGAGACAGAGGAGGAAGAAGUCAAAGAAGAGGAAACAGAAACCUCAGAUUUGUUCUUACAUGAUGAUGACGAUGAAGAUGAAGAUGAAUAUGAGUCUCGUUCCUGGCGAAGAUGAAAUAUGAUGCAAGCUAUAUAAUUUUUAGAAAUAUUGUUUAGAAGAACAACUUUUUAAAAUUAUUUAAAGACAUCAAUGAGCCAAAAAAUUUUUUAUUUUUAUUUUCCACAUAGUAGGUUUAAGGACAGCAAGUUUGCUAUGUAAACACAUCUCAUAAUUGUAUGUGAUAUACAGCACCAAAGGCUUAGCGACUGCACACAGUUGUGAAGAUCUGCAGGGGUGACAUGGGUAAUCUCUAGAGCCUUACUUUCCACACCUCCUGUUUCUGUUGCCAUUGGUGUAGGAGUAUGAUAUAAAUGACAGGGUGUUCAGAAAUUUUAUUUUGGAUUAUAAUCUGAUAAAAUUUCAUUAAAUGUCAAAAUCGCCUUGAAUCUCUUAACUCUUAGCUAUAAUGGAUGGGUCGCCAGACAGUAGGAGAUAUUUGUAAUUUAAAUACCCUUUUGUUUUCAAGAGAGUUGUCUUGAAGGAAAAGUAAAUAUUUUUUUAACCAUGAAAGAACCCACUUGGUAUCAUUCUAAAGUGUUCCCCCCCCCCAGAGUUUUUAUGUGCAGUAGUACUACUUCAGUGAAAAUCACAAACUGUUCCUAGAUGUUCCCAGUCAUUGGUGGCUACUUCACCUAUCACAUGAGCUCCUGAGUGUCUCCUGCUGCUGACUUUUGUUUGUUUUGGUGUGUGGUGAGAGUUGGUCCUCUUUUUUAAAAAGCUCAUUUUACCUGUUGUCCCUUCAUUCAUUCCUCUUUUUUCCUCCCUUUUUAUUAAUAGAACUGACUUACUGGGCCAUCAAAAGUCAGAGCCAAUAAAAGGUCUAAAGCAGCACUUUGUUAAUUAAACAAGUGAUAUAUUGCUGAGAAUAAAGGAAGGAUUUUAGGGGAGUCACCCUCUCUGCCCCUUUAAAGUAUCAUCUUAGUUAUAUUUACACAAAAGGGUUAAAAAGUAUCUGGAAUUGUUUUCCUCAGUUUAAACCAUGAUAGUGAGGAGCCAGUGGUGGGGAAGGGUAGAACCUGUGUAUGCUAGUAAUUAAUGGGAGUCAUAACCUGACAUUGAUCAAAUGACCUAAUAUUUUCAUAAUUUUGUAGCUUGUUGCUGUCCAUGAACAUACUUUAGUAGGCAGUUUCCUUUACUGUGUGCAUUUUUACUGUACACUGUAUAGACUAUCUGUUAAGUAAAAUAUAUGUGUAAAUUUAUGUCCUUGUGUUCUGAAUGUUAGAUGAAAAAGCAGAGGAGCAACACUACACUGUACUGAUCCUGGGGAAAUAAAAUGAUUACUGUACAUAGGAUGUUACUUUUUCAAGGAUAUACACAUCUGUGAUUUUUAUAUAUCUGUGGUGUGAAAAUUUGAAACUUCUUGUUGGCUUCAGAAGGUUCUUGGUGAUUACUAUGUCAAGAAUUUUGUUUCCUGAGGUAAAGACUAUUCAAAAUAGAAAUUAUUCACUAAGUAACUUAAAACCAUUAGGACCCUAGAUUUAUUUAGGUACAAGAAGUUAAAUCCCAUGUUCUGAUCAUCUUUCCCUUCUAUAUACUGUCCUGGAAUUAUGUAUCAAACCAGGAGGAUUGUUUUUCAUUCAUGUAGUUUUCCCUUUGUAACAGGACUUCCUAUCUCCCAGUUAGUGUUCUGCUUCUGGUGACUCUGAAGCUGAAAUGAGUUCAUAAAGGAAGGAGAACGUUAGAAUGGGAACCUACAAUAGCAAUCUUGCUCCUACUCCUCCAUCAUCUCUAAUGAACUUUUCUGGAUGUCUGUGGCUCAGUCAGUAUAUAUUUGGAAAGAUUCAUUGUGGUGAAUAUUUUGAGUCCUGACAGUUUAAUGUGAUAGAGGGAACAAAGGAUUUAUAUAUUUUUUGUACAAAGUUUUUUCUUAAACUGUAUAAUUUUGUAAAUAAUUUGUUUGGGUUUUUUCUUUUGUGUACUAAAACUACCAGCGUAUAGAUUUCAAUGAGAAUUGUUGUAUUUUUGUAUUUGGAAACUGAAAAUUGCAGUAAAUUAAUGAACCUGUAAGAAAAUUUUCAGUAAACAUUUCGACAGAAUGAGAUUCCUUUUCAUAUGAUUUUUUAAACCUCAAAAUUGACAUCGUUUUAGACUCACUGUAGAGAGUUGAGGAUUGUUUGGCUUUUGAGUUAUUGGGGGCAGAGGAUAAGAGAGGUGCUGAAAUGAAGAACAGAUAGUUUUUUUCAUUAAGGAUUGGUCCUUAGUAUAAAACUUUAGUUUUCAGUAUACCUUAAAAAGAACUAACAUACUUUUAAAAUACUUUUUCAAAGAAUUCUAAAACACAUUUCACUCUAAAAUGAAUUCAAAAUAUGGAUUAAUUAUAAAACAAGAUUAGCAUAAAGCAAUUGAAUAUGUGUAUGUGUGUAUAUAUAGAUAUAUAUCUCCCCUUGGGGAUUUUUUUUUUAAGCCCCUACCCUCUGAUCCCCAACUGCUAGAAUUUCUCUGAAAAAUGAAUAACCACCAUGACUUCUUUUCUUGGCAUCUUUAUUUAUAGAGAUAACAUAAAACAUCAGUAGUAAAUUCUGCUGUUCUUCUCAGCAUGUAUGAUAUCUUUAUAAGUAGCUAAUCAGCAAAGACAGCCGUCAAUGCCUAGGUCAGUCUGAUGACUAGGUUUUUGCCCGAGCCUAAAAUGGUCACUCAAGGGAAUGCAGAACUGCUCUCAAUUAAUUUCUUCAUGUAAAACUGGGAAAAUGUUGUCAUCAGCUGAGAUAUUGGAAAAUAGUCCUGUUAAGGCAAAAAGGUCCAUGGUGAUGGAGCAUUAUUUCAAAAAGAAAAAAAAAAUCAUGUGAAAAGGAAUAGUGGUUACUCUUGAUGUAUAGUAUGCCUGUAUUAUAGUUUUUACAAAAUUGUGAACUUGUGUAAUAGUAUAAUAGGAGAUAUUGUUGAAUUUCUAACUGUUUAUACAUUUAAAUUCAUAUAUGUAAUGUUUGUUUUAUCGAUUACAAUCUGAAUUUCUAAGAAGCAUGUUGACUUUUGCAAUAAAGAUGCAAUAUGGAAUGGUUCACAAUUGGGGGGAAAAAAGCAAAAAAUAAUACAAAUUUAAAAGAAUUUGAAAAUUUAUGAACCAUUCCAAAAAUUAUAACAAUCACCAAAA